AAUAAUAGUUCUACAAAGUUAAGAAGAGCGCCGUCAUUAACCGAUUUUUCCUCUCUUUUCCUCUUACUCAAUUCUAGAACUCGAACUACUACUCCAGAAGCAGCAGAACUUUAUAGUUAUAGCUUUAUUCAAUCUUAUUUCCCGCAAUAAAAAAACCCUCUACUACAACUUCAAUCACCAAGAACCCUAGAAAAUUUCCUCUUUCAAUUUGUCAUUCAAUUUCUCAAAUCCAAAAACACAAUAAUCAAAAUGGAGAGCAAUAAGGACCAAAUUGUCGACGUUGGAUCAGUAGUCGAAGCUGUUUCUGCCGACGACAACGAUGUUCCCAUUUACGAAGUCGAGAGCCUCUGUAUGAGUUGCGGCGAAAACGGUACUACAAGAUUAAUGCUUACUCAAAUUCCUAACUUUAGAAAGAUUUUGCUGUCGGCUUUCGAUUGCCCACAUUGUGGCGAGAGGAACAAUGAGGUUCAGUUUGCGGGUGAGCUACAGCCACGAGGAUGUUGUUAUACUCUAAAGUUCCCUGGCGGAGACGUGAAGAUGCUCAAUCGACAAGUCGUAAAAUCUGAAUCUGCAACCAUAAAGAUUCCUGAGCUAGAUUUCGAAAUUCCUCCAGAGGCUCAGCGUGGGAGCUUGUCAACCGUAGAAGGGAUACUAACUCGAGCUGCAGAUGGUUUGGCGGCACUUCAAGAAGAACGAAGGAAAGUAGACCCAAAAACUGCUGAAGCAAUAGAGCAAUUUCUUUUGAAAUUGAGGGCUUGUGCGACCGCAAAUUCUUCCUUUACUUUUGUUCUGGUUGAUCCUGCUGGCAAUAGUUUUAUUGAGAACCCGUAUGCUCCAUCUCUGGAUCCAGCACUAUCUAUUAAGUUCUAUGACCGAACUCCUGAACAGCAAGCUGCACUCGGCUAUGUUGCUGACCCAUCUCAGAUAGGAGAGUCUGAGGAAGCAGUGGCAGGAGCAGAAAACCGUACAACUGAUCCGGUCGUUGGGGAACCACAUGGAACAGUUGGAGCAAGGGCUGGUCGACGAGCUAUAGCACAAGCAAAUACGGCUGAACUUGUUGAAGCUUUAUGCCGGUAUACUUCCCCAGAAGAGGUCAUGACUUUCCCAUCGACAUGUGGAACUUGUGCAAGUAGAUGCGAAACUAGAAUGUUUGUUACCAACAUCCCAUACUUUAAAGAAGUAAUUGUUAUGGCAUCAACUUGUGAUUCUUGCGGUUACCGUAAUUCUGAGUUGAAGCCUGGAGGCGGUACUUCUGACAAAGCCAAGCGGAUCACAGUUUCCGUAGAGAAUGUCAAAGAUCUGAACCGUGAUGUGAUUAAGUCGGAUAGUGCUAGUGUUAAGAUCCCAGAAGUUGAUUUGGAGCUUGCUAGCGGCACUUUGGGAGGCAUGGUCACAACUAUUGAAGGUUUGGUGACUAAAAUUUGUGAAAGUUUGGAGAGUGUUCAUGGAUAUAGCUUUGGGGACAGCCUUGAUGAGGGCAGAAAAGGAAAAUGGCUAGAUUUCAAUACAAGACUGAACAAGCUCUUGAGCCUGGAAGAACCCUGGACUUUGAUCAUUGAUGAUGCACUGGCCAACUCAUUUGUUGCACCAGUUACUGAUGAUAUCAAGAAUGACAGCCAGCUAACAUCUGAGGAAUAUGAAAGAACCUGGGAGCAGAAUGAGGAAUUCGGCCUUAAUGAUAUGGAUACUUCUUCAGCAGAUGCUGCGUACAAUACAACUAAUUGAAUAUACAAGUGCCUGAUACCUGUUCCCUCAAAUUUUUCCUAUUCUUUUAGUGAGGAAAUGAAUUUUGUAACCUAGGUUCUGUAACAUUUUGGUUUUGUUUUUAUUUCUCUUUUUCUUUUGUGUAAUAUCUGUUUUAACUUAAUGAUAUUGUGAGACCUGUUAUAGCAGGAGAGCGUUUACUGUUUUUUCUUUGUUAUAUUGAUCGAUAUCUUGAGAAUUAUGCUGUCA